AUGAACAAUUGAAAAAAAAAAUGGCCCGUGUGGUUAAAAAGGUUGCGAACCCCUGCUAUAGACCAUUAACUAAUGAUGAAAAAAAAAUAGUACAGAAGAAACAGAAAAUAUUAGAUGCAGAGAGGAAAAAACAAGAUGAAAAAAGAGAAAGAGAACGGCAGUUUCGUGAGACCGAAAGGGAGGAGGAGUGGAAAAAACGCGAACUCGAACGGCAAGCUCGUGAGAAAAAAAGGGAGGAAGAGUGGAAACAACGCGAUUUAGAAAGGGAGAGAGAGCGAGAUUUACGAGAAAAGGAAAGAAACAAGGACCUAAAGCGGCGUGACGAGGAGCGACAAAUGCACGAGUCACAAAGAGCAAUGGAACAAGAACAGCGCAAUGCCGAGAGAUUACAACGUGAAAAAAAACGUGAAUCAGUAAGACAGAUGGAACAAAAACAGCGCGAAUCCCUAAGAAAAAAUUACCAACAAAAUCGCAAUGUCGACGUAGGACAACGAAAAGCGAAAAGAGCAGCAGGACGUGGAGCGAUAACGAAACCAUUGAAGCGCAAGAAUCGACCGACAGGACAAUCAGCCGACAACCAAAAUACCGAAAACAAUACAAUUANUAAUUAAAUCAGGCCAAUCCGUAGUGUAUCGUAACUGAGAAAAUGAAGUUUUAUAUUCUCUAAAACGUUGGAUUGUUCAGAUUAAAUAAUUUGUGACGGUUAUUUAUGUGUUAUAGACCGAGCUGUAUCUUAGAAUUAUUAAGUUAAACUUCAAUU